AUUUUAUCAUAUUAGCUGACGCGACAACAUUUGACGCGUUUGUCGAUCGAGUUCUAAUUGAAUACGGAAGUUUUUUAUUAUUUAACGAUGGAGUUUAGAUUUAUUUUAUUGCUACUUUUCACUGUUCCUGCUUCAAUUCACGGCAAACACAUCAAAAGUUCGUACAGUUACAAAAAUGAGCCAAAAAUUGUGGGAGGAUUUAAUGCGGAUCUAUCAAGUACGAGAUUUAUUGCGUCAUUAAGACUCACAAUUGAAGAAGAAUAUUUCGAUUUUGGAGCUGGACAUAAAUGCGGAGCAUCGUUAAUUACGGAAAAUAUUUUAAUUUCGGCAGCACAUUGUUUCUUCGUGUACCUGAAUGGACCUUUUGAUAAAGAGCUUCGAGAUCCGUGUGAUUGGACAAUCGUUUUGGGAGUUUAUGAUCGCACAACGAAGGAAACAACGACAAUCAUUCGUUCAAUUGAAGGAUUAACAGUUCAUGAUGGUUACGACGACAAUUCGAUGGAAAAUGAUAUUGCUCUAAUAUUUUUGAAUGAAUCUGUUCCAUUGCAAGAAGGAGUAAUCGAGACAAUUUCUUUAAAUGAUCGCGAAGUCGAAUCAAAAGUUGACUGUCAAGCACAUGGAUGGGGAAGACUUGCUUAUGGAGGAGAAUUAGCGAACGAGCUUCAAUCCGUGAACAUUUCAACAAUCGAUCCGAGCGUUUGUAACGGCACCGAAAGUUAUGGCGGCGAAAUUUACGACGGAAUGUUAUGCGUUGGAGCCUUAGAUGGCGGAAAAGAUUCGUGUCAAGGCGAUUCCGGAGGUCCUCUCAUUUGUGACGGAUUACUUACGGGCGUCGUUUCAUGGGGAAAUAAAUGUGCAGAGCCAAACUAUCCGGGAAUUUAUACCGACGUCAAUUAUUUCAGUGAAUGGAUUUCUGCUGCUGCGGAUGCUGAGCCUACUGUUUUGUCGCAAUGCCAAUAUGUCGAUCCAAGUACUGAAAAUCCCGUUAAUCCUUCUUCGUCGACAUCAGAAUCAACUUCUGUGACAACUGAUCCAACUGUUUCAACAACUCCAAGUAAAGCUACGGGAAUUCACUUGAGUUUCGGAAUUUUGUUUGUUUCUCUCGUUUUUGGUCUCUCAAAAGUAUAGAAAAAAACCAAAACAUCCAAUAAAUUUUCUUGUUGUGAGAAAUGCCGCAAGCAAUUCAAAAUUA